AAGCCGACGAUCGUGAGUGUGCGUGUGUUCAUCCACCCCCAACGUCCUUCCCCAAAUCUUCCGCCGCUCAAUGAUGGGUCAGAGGAGCUCGUGAUAACCGCGACAAUGAGUGGAAUUGCAAGCAAGAACCUUUACGACCUCCUGGGCAACGACCCUGAGCAGGACCCGGACAGAGCCCCGGACCCUCCUACUCAGGUCGCCGACAGGCCGGUCGCCCGCUCUGGCAAGCGCAAUGCUGCCGCCGAAACCCCAGCUGCCGGAGGAGACAGACCAAGAGGUGGUGCUGCGCGUCGUGGCCGAGGACAAGAUGUUGUCCCGCUGAACGAACGCAUCGAGCAACCCGUGGACGGUCUUCGUGACGAUCGCCAUGCUAGGGGCACUCGUGGACGUGGCGAAGGUCGUCCCCGCGGCGAGCGUGGUGCAGGACGUGGAGGUCGAGGCUACUCUGGCCGCUUCACGCGUGCAAACCGCGAUGAUCGCGCCAGCCAUACUGGCAUUGCCGACAACGAGAAGCAAGCUGCUGCAGGAUGGGGUGGAAAUGACGGCAAUGCUGAGUGGAACGAUGAGAAAGCCGGCGAGGCCAUCGCAAAGGCAGAAACCAACGACGAGCCCGGCUUCACUCCCGACACUGGAGCUGGCGACCCAGCCUUCAGCAACGGCCCCGGUGCCCCAGGCGAAGUCGUUGAUGCAGAGGAUGCGGCCGCAGCCGAGCCGGAGGACAAGACCAAGUCUUACACCGAGUACCUCAAGGAGCAAGCUGAGAAGCGCCGCGCUCUUGGCGAGACGAGCCUUGCCAUCCGCCAGGCCAACGAAGGCUCCAAGCAAAAGGGCCCGCAAGGCAGCGCAUUCUCUCGCAACCCCGAAGAGGAGAACUUCAUCGUCGGAUCGGGAGGGAAGAAGCAACGCGAGAAGGCCAACCAGCAGAAGAAGGACACGCUCACCAUUGAUGGACAGUACUACGCCGCGCCCGACCCGGGCGACCGUGGCGGCCGCGGAGGCAGAGGUGGAGGACGCGGAGGGCGUGGCCGCGGUGAAGGCCGUGGUGAAGGUAGGGGAGAGUUCCGUGGUGGCAGGGGAGGACGUGGCGGCCGCGGUGACCGUGGUGACCGUGGCGAGUUCCGAGGCGGCAGCCGGGGCGAUAGAGGCGCUCCGCGCGGCGGCUUCAAUGCCACCGACUCCAACGCCUUCCCGGCGCUCGGAGCCUAGUGGUCCACCACUGCUGCCCCGGGGUGAUAUAAUGACGGCUACGUGCUGUUCAUGCAGUCCCUCCUGCAAGCCAUCCCCGGGCUUCCAUCUGUUCGCAGACACAACAUUCGUGCGGGUACUCGCCUGCGGCGACUAUCGAGAGUAGCUAGUUUAAGGAAAAGGAAUAGCGUUUCAAUGCAAGGCUUUUUCUCGAUUCUA